GAACACAGAACGUUUUGGAAAGAAGAACAACAACAACAGGAACGUUUAUGAUUCUCAUCUACAAAGCAGCAAACCGCCGGCACCGUUUCUCUCCAAGAAGGCAGUGCCGCAGACGUGCCUUCUUUCCGGUUCGACGUUGAAAUUAUAAACACCCAAAAUGGGGAAGAUUAUGAAACCGGGCAAAAUCGUGCUGGUGCUAUCCGGCCGAUUUGCAGGACGGAAGGCUGUUGUUAUCAGAAACUAUGAUGACGGUACUAGUGACAAGCAGUACGGGCACGCCCUUGUCGCAGGUAUUGACCGGUACCCUCGAAAGGUCCACAAGAGGAUGGGCAAGAAAAAGAUCCACAAGAGGUCCAAGAUAAAGCCUUUCCUUAAGGUUGUUAACUACAACCACCUGAUGCCCACCCGGUACACCGUAGAUAUUCCCCUGGAGAAACUUGGACCUAAGGACCUUAAAGACCCUGCUAAGCGCAAGGUUCUCAGAUUCCAGACCCGUGUGAAGUUUGAAGAAAGGUAUAAGGCAGGCAAAAACAAGUGGUUCUUCCAGAAGCUCAAGUUCUAAAAUAAACUAUUGUAUAUGCACUUGUGCAAUAAAAUCCAAAAAAAACAA